GGCUUAGGUAAAGGUUGUGAUUAAAAGAGGAUUUUUAGGGCAUUAAGUUGAGCUCUGUCAGCUACAGCCGUGAAGUGGACACGGGUCACCGACUCCGAUGUUUAUGGAUUAUUAUUUUUUUCUGCAUGAAGUGCAAAUCACGUGAGAUGAAUGUGCAAUGACAGAGUCCCGACACCGAGUGGUCUCGCGCAGUUCUCGAGGAACGGACUCGGGUUCGCAUUCCUUCAUGAAAUCGAGCACUUCGUCGUGUUUUUACUGUGUUUUCUUUCUUUCUUUUUGUUUUGGUUAGUUUCCUAGCAAUGGCUUGGCCGUGCAUCAGCAGAGUGUGCUGCUUGGCUCGGUUCUGGAACCAGUUCGACAAAUCGGAUUUGUCGGUUCCACUAACGAUUCAGAACUACUCUGACAUCGCGGAGCAGGAGGUGCAAUCCGUCACCAAACUCGUUUCCACGGAACGGGCGCCGAGCGUCGACUUCGUAGCGCCGGAUCACGCGGCGGAUGUCCGGCGGCCGCACCGGGGACGCACGGAACCGAGUUAUAAACCCCGCGAAGAAUACCAUCCCCCGGGUGUGCCUUUCCCGAGCAUCACCCAGUACAAACAGGAUUACAAACCCUGGCCCAUCCCGAAGAAGGAUAACUUUCCCUGGAUUAGUAACGGAGGGAAAGGCGGCACUUUAACGGAUAGUCCGGUGAACGGUUACUCUAACGGAACGAGUCAUCCGCGGACGGACAGACAGGAGCGCAGCGGCAGGCAGAGAGGAGGAGAUCAGCUCAGCUCAUACAGGCAGGAGUACCAGCCGUGGUCUGGAGCUCGGCCGUCAAAGCCUGCCCACAAACGGCCCACCUUCCUGGGUAAAGGUGCUGAUGAGCCCCCGCCAGAGACCAGCUACCAGGCGGCUUUCAGCCCGGACACACACAGACACACGGACGCCGGCAUACUGGAGACCAGCUCACACACGCAGACAGAGAGAGCACACUCACACAGGACAGACAUCAGCAUGAAACCAGAGGAGCAGAAGACUAAGCUGUCACCAAACCCAUCUGCCGUCUUUCAAAGCAAAUCUAGGAUCUUCAACAUAUGAUCCAUCAACGCGUAAAAAGAUCCAUAAAGAUCCACAUUCACGUCUGAGUCAGCCUUUCACUAGAAGAAGAGAACAUUUUAAAGAACUGUCGAGAGACACCUGUAUGUUGAGAAACUGUAGUUAUUCUGAAAAUCUAGGAUCGUCAGAGGAGAAGAAUGCUUGAGGAUGAAGAGAGACAUUCAAUGCAAUUGAAAAUGCUUGUUAAAAAAAAAAAAAUCAUGGGAUUCUCUAAAUAAUUCCACUGAGGAAAUUAGAAAACCAGAGGAUGUUUGCUAGAAAUUUACACAAAGUAAAAUCUAUGCAAGAGAAUGUAUGCUUCACAUGUCAACCAUCUUCUAGAAGGAUAUGUUUUAAUACAGGUUUAAGAGUGUGAGAGACAUAAAAAUGUGUGAUUGGGAAAGUUUUCAGGCCUCAAUUUCUGCUGACCUUACCCUCUCCCAGCUGAAUGAAUAUCUGCAUGUUUCAUAAUUGUUUUAUGAAUUAACUGAAUAUGCAACAUUUAAAAAAAGGAACAAAAUGUCAUCUGGUAACUCAGUGUCUGGGGAUGUGUGUGUGUGUCCUGUACAAGCCUAUAGUUAAUGAGAUGAUUUUGUAUAUAGUGAUGUUGGUCUGCCUUUAUUGAGCUGUUAAUAUCUGCCUGAGAAUGCCAGGUGCUUCUAAUCACCAUUUAAUGCUCCAGACCCUGCCAGCCCUUUAUGAACCCAUAUAAAGACUAGAACAUUCUGAAUCUUUCACUGAAUUGGAGGCUGUCCAAGUUUUUGUAAAUUUGGUUUAGACAUAAAUGGGGAAAAUAAAAAUGACAUUCUUUAAA